UUGUCAUACCUGAAACAGCUCAGCAAAGACUUAACAAUGCACAGAUUUUUAGCUUUGUGUCUGUGCUUGUUUGUAGCACUUUUAGUAACCGAGGGGAAGCGAGAAAGAAGGAGAGGAGAGAGACACAGGAGCUCCAGGAGGUUUUUAUCUGCUGUGGCAGAUGCACCUGAGUAUGACAACCCUUUCCUUCCAGGACCCAACAGUCAGUGCUUGGUGAAUGGGAUCUCUCUGUUUGAUGGGUCUCUCUGGUCUCCAGAGCCGUGCAGUAUGUGCCAGUGUAAAGAUGGAGCGGUGAACUGCCGAACCAUUCCUUGCCAAGCCAGGGCUUCAACCACCCAAAAAUUUGUGGCCAACAAGCCCAUGUCUGUGGAGAAAAACGAUCCGAAAAAGAGCCAACACAAACAGAUGGGAAAGGAAAAACCACAUGUGGGGAAAAAGGUUGUGGAGGUGAAGCCGAAGAAGAACAAGUUGCUGGCCACCCCAGUAAAAGUACCAUCCCCAAAUGUCCCCAAGAAGCAGGUGUCUCCUCUGAAAAAAACCCAAGAGGUGGUGGUGAGCCUGGACCUUAGAAAACCACCGAAGACCCCUAUAACAUCCACAGCACAAAAGUUUAUGAGACAUAGCCAUUUUGAUUAUGAUGACCACGACGAUGACGACUAUCUAGAGGAGGAUAGCGAUGGCGAUGAUGAUGAUAGCAGCCACAUUCCAGUGUUCAGAUCUGCUGUUCGUCCGGCAGUCAUUGAAAGACGAGUGAUGCCACCUCAAUACAAACCAGCCAUGCCCCAAGUUCAACAGCCAUUUGCUCUUCCUACUAAAAGGUCUGUGAUCCUUCCCACCGGAAGACCACUGCCAGCCCCCAACGGUCAACCGGUGGGUCGAGGUAUUGGCCGUCCAGUUUCACGUACCCCUGUUCAUAUGGAUUCACUUCCUGCUGGCUGCCUGCUAUCAGAGUCUCUCAUUGCUUGUGGAAACACUGGCAUCACCCAAAUGCCCAUCAUCAGAGAUCCAGGGGUCAAGGGUCUCUUUCUAGCAGAUAACAAAAUCAGCAAGAUCCCAACACAUGCUCUAGCAGGUCUUCCCAACCUGGAGUGGCUCGACCUCAGCAAGAACAAACUGGAUGACUUGUCUUUGGGACUUAAUGUAUUUCGGAACUUGACGAAGCUCAGAAGGUUGAACCUCGAUGGGAACAACUUCACUAAAGUGCCGGCUCUCCCCACCUCUCUGGUGGAGCUCAAGAUGAAUGAUAAUAAACUCAGUGGUCUCACUCCCCACAGUUUUAAAGGUCUUUCCCAGCUGUUGACACUGGAGUUAGAGGAUAAUUAUUUUCAUGAUGGAAAUGUCUCUCCUCUGACCUUCAGGCCACUGAGAAAGCUUAUUUAUCUCAGAUUGGAUGACAAUAAGUUUAGGGCUAUUCCAUCCGGUCUGCCUGUUUCAGUACAGGAGCUCCACCUGUCUGACAACAAGAUAGAGGUGGUACAUUCAGGGCUCCUUAACAAAACCACAAACCUGAGAGUCCUGGAUCUCAGCCAUAACAAAAUCCGAGAGGACCGCAUUGAUCCCAAGGCAUGGAUACAUUUACUAAAACUGGAGUAUUUGGACCUUUCCCACAAUAAGCUGGUUCACGUGCCCUCUUUCCUGCCGGCUGGCCUGCGGCAACUCAGCCUGCAUCACAACCAGAUCGAGCGCAUCCCUGGCUACGUGUUUGGCCACCUGCGGCUCGGCCUGGAUUCCCUGCACCUGUCUUAUAACCGCCUACGUGAAGAUGGAAUAAAUGAGGUGUCUUUCCUGGGUCUGUACAACUCACUGAGUGAACUUCUGUUGGACCACAAUCAGCUCAGAUCCAUUCCACGAGGCAUACUACAGUUAAAGGCACUGCAACAUCUCAGACUGAACCACAACUACAUCAGCUACAUCACUAUGAACUCACUGUGUGACACUACGGCCCGUGAUGAUUCGCCUCUGUUGUCCGUCCACCUGGAGCACAACCUGAUCGAGCGUCGCCUCAUUCCACCAAUGGCGUUCUCUUGCAUCAAAACCUACAAUAGUGUCAUUCUCCGGCCUCAGAGGUACGAGGAGAUUCAAGAAUAAACUCUCACCAGAGCUUCAUGUUUACAGGACAUCUCACAGCAAAAGUACUGAGCUAGGAUUAGGUUUGGCCUUAUUCUUGUAGUCAUAAUUCAGAACUUUAACAUGAUGAUGUGAAGAUUUAGGUGCAGCUCAUUUUAUACAUUAGAAGACUUCUCUUCUGUAAACUGUUUUAGUUAUUUCAAUGGGGGUCACACAUGCACACAGCUGUGAUUUUAUGCAUGCAUUGCUGCAUUUAUAAACUAGCCUACUGCAGACAUUCAUUGUUUGAUUUAUUCACAUCUGCUGCCUUCCUUUAUCAUUGUUUUGCACAUACAUUACAGACAUGGUGCUAUGUGUCCAUAAUUUUUUUAAUACAGGAAUCAACAGGCUAUGUGUGUCAUUUUUAAAUCUAAUGUCUGUCUUAUUGUAUAUGUUUGUCUAUUUGAAAUGAAACAAUUUUUUGUAUUACAGUAUUUCAGUACUUUUUCAGUAUCUUGAUUCAACUGGGCAAUGCUUCAAAUAUUGUUGUUAAUGUAUCACUGUUGUCACUGUAGGUACAAAGCUUUGCACGGCUCUCAUAUUCUGAAUAUGUUUUAGUGUGUUGCACAAUGUAGCAGGU